AUGGUAUACAGCCGUCAUCGUCAGAAUCAAGUGUUAUGUCGGUCUGACUUUAAAAGGAGUACGACCAAGAGGAUGAGAUUUGGCAGCAAUUUUCUGAAGGCAGCGUUUGCCGCGGCUGCAGUUGCGCAUGUUGAUGAAAAGAAACUGAUUUGUCCCAUCGAAACAAUAAAACCUCAGAAAACUGAAAGCGACAUCUUAUUGAGCCGAAAAAUAAUUAACCAUUAUGAUCGCACAAAUCUCCGCUUGCGUUUGUUCCAGUAUCAAGCAUGUCCAUAUUGUUGCAAGGUUCGAGCGUUCUUGGAUUACUAUGGAUUUUCUUAUGAAGUUGUUGAAGUGAAUCCUGUCACAAAAGCAGAAAUUAAGUUCUCUAGAGAUUACAAAAAGGUGCCGAUCCUUACUAGUAAUGAUGGAACGUUAACUGAUUCCGUGCUGAUCAUAUCUAAGCUUUCUACAUUCAUAAGAAAUCGCGACACCGAGUUAUUUGAGAUAGAAGAACUUUAUCCCAUGAUUGAAGCUUUGAAUGACAAAAAUAAAUUUGUGAAAUGCUAUCCACAGAAGUACGUGAUUUUCAUGGAUGGCACACAGAAAAACGAGCAAAUCGUAGCAGAUAGGGAAGAACGAGAAUGGCGUGAAUGGGUUGAUGGUAAAUUUAUCCACCUUAUCUCGCCAAAUGUCUAUCGCACUUUCAACGAAUCUCUUGAAACAUUUAAGUGGUUCUCAGAGUGGGGAGAAUGGGAUAGGCUAUUUACUCAGAAAGGACGUAUACUGGCUACUUACGUUGGUGCCUGUAUAAUGUGGUUAGUGGCAAAACGCCUUAAGCGAAGACAUCAUAUUGACGACGAAAGAGAUUCGAUGGCGGAUGCUUUCAAGGAGUGGAUGGAUGCUAUCGGCCCAAAUCGCGAGUACAUGGGCGGUUCAGCACCUAACCUCGCCGAUCUGGCUAUGUACGGAGCCAUGACAUCAUUUUAUGGCUGUGCUGCAUUCCGUGAGUUGGUCGCUGAAGGAAGCCCCAUCGAACGUUGGUACUCCAAAAUGAAGACCGCUGUUGAGAACCAUGAGGGACGCCGUCUGUUGGAAAGGCGAACAAGUCUGCUCUAUAAGUAG